UAGGGGAAGUAGCGCCGCCAUUUUCUCUGGCGGACCGAAGUGAGUGUCGCGGGCGCGCACGGGGGCAACGAGUUUAGUGAAACGCUAGCAACGCGGGUUCUACAAGCCAGACCUCGUAAGCAUAUCUAAACAAUCAAACUUCACCCCAUCCCACUCGAAAGCAUAGAUUAAAAUGAGUGGUUGUCGUGUCUUCGUUGGACGUCUAAGUCCUCAUGCUCGGGAGCGAGAUGUGGAGAAAUUUUUCAAGGGAUAUGGCCGUAUACGUGAGAUCAAUCUGAAAAAUGGUUUUGGUUUUGUGGAAUUUGAGGAUCACAGAGAUGCAGAUGACGCAGUUUAUGAACUGAAUGGAAAAGAACUGUGCAAUGAAAGAGUUACGAUUGAACAUGCCAGAGCCCGAAGAGGGGGUAGGGGCAGAUACCCACAACGGUUCAAUUAUUACCAGUCUUAUGGGGGUGGAUCUAGCCAGUAUGGUCCACCUCUUCGUACUGAACACAGACUUAUAGUUGAGAAUCUUUCUUCACGUGUGAGUUGGCAGGAUUUGAAAGAUUUCAUGAGAAAGGCUGGAGAAGUGACUUUUGUAGAUGCUCACAGAAACAAUCCAAAUGAAGGUGUUGUUGAGUUUGCAUCAUCCAGUGACAUGAAGAGUGCAUUGGACAAGUUGGAUGGCAGUGAGUUGAAUGGGCGCAGAAUUAAAUUAAUUGAAGAUCGCAAAAGGCGCAGGAGCAGAUCCCGUUCACGGAGUUAUUCAAGGUCUCGCAGCAAGUCUAGAUCUGCAAGGUCUUCCAAGUCAAGCAGCAAGUCUCGUUCUCGGAGCCGUACACCUGAAAAGAGGGGCUCUCGAAGCCGUACACCGGAAAGGAAGGGCUCUGAGAAAAACCACCACUCUGGCCCACAGAAUUCCUCUCCAUCUCCCCCCCCAGCCAAGAAGAGGUCUCGCUCUAGGUCGAGCUCUGCCGAAAGCCGCAGUUAAGGUAUUUUGAGAGGUGUAUAAAUAUUUCAUUUCUAAGUCAAAAUUUUCUACAAGCUUGAAUAUGUUGCGAAUGGGGGAGGGGAUAAUUCAUCAGGUGAGCAUAGACCUCUGAAGAGUGGAUGUAAACUGACCCUCACUCCACCCUUGAUAGAGUUAGGUAAAUUGUAACCAGUAAUAAAACCAUUUCAAUUGGCAAAAUGUAAUUACCCAGAUGUACUAUGUACUGCUGUAGGUGAAGCCUUGCUGACUAAAGCCUCACACAUGUUGGAGUUUUGUCUUUGCUGUUGAAUAUGAUGAACUUAAGACAUGGACUGUGGCGCCACUUUUUCAGGGUCCUUUCGCUGUGCUUUUUGUUUGCACAUAGAUUAUCUUCUACGUAGCAUUGAGUAAACCACCAUGGCUGAGUUCAGCUGGCUAUUUACCUGCAGUUUUGAGAAGCUCCACAUUGCAUUCCUGAUAUACAGCCAUUCUGUCGUGCUGCGCAAGAGGGUAUUUUGAUUGUGAAUGAAUAGCUUUGCUUAUUCUAAGCUAGUAUUACAUGAAACGUAGCAAACAGGGAAGAUGUUUAAUUUGUUGCCUUGUUAAGCAGACACUGUGUUUUGAAAUGCUAGUUGAGAAUAAGCCCUGGUCACGAAGCAUGUCUCCAUUUCAUCUGAACUGGGUACAAAGUUUUUCAUAAUUUAGUACCUGUUAGAAAUUAUUCCGACAGAAGGAAGACUUCAAUAAAGCAGAUUAGAAUAUUUAAUCUGUUGUCUGAGUAGGCCUCAUAUUACAGAGGAUGCCCUUUAGAAAUUAAAACGACAUCACUUGUACUGAAACAUCAAGUUUUUAUUUUAAUAUUGCAAAGAAUACAUUAUUCUGUAUGGCUACCAGAGUGUGACACUAAAUACUGCAGGUACAUGUGGUAUCGGAAGCAGUACAUUGUCAAAUUUGAUAGGGAAGGAUUAUUUUCAAACUGUUGAGACAAAUUUCCGUAAAAGCUUAAUGUGAUGUGAAUUUAUUAAUGCUAAAGUGUAAAAGGGCAUUUUCCUUAGGUUUACAAGACAUGAUUUAGUUUUUGUUAGUAGAUAGUACUUUGUUAAUCCUUAACAACUUUGUGAUCACUAAACUAUCUGGCUUCCACAUACCUAAAAUGAGGGAAUCUGCUUGAAAUACUUGUAAUUGACCCUAAAAUGUUUAAAUGUAUUGAUGUGAUACAGUAAAUACAAUAAAUGUUUCUCCCCUGCUUACUGCAGCUUCAGCGGUCUUUCUGUGUUGCUCAUUAAAGCUAAGUUUGUAAACUUUUUUCUUUGUUAGCAACAGUUUUUAUUUUCAAUAAAAUUGAUACAUAAUGAAA